AUGGAUUCGAUUGAUAUAACUGAAGAAGAGAGUAACACCCAAAAGACAUUAUUAAGGAAAAUUGACCUAAAAAUUGUUCCUCUUGUAACCUUUCUUUAUAUGAUAAGUUAUCUAGAUAGGAUAAGUAUCGGAAAUACAAAGCUGGAACAUUUGGAAAGCGAUCUUGGGUUAACAGAUAAUCAAUAUAAUUGGGCUUUGUUUAGUUUCUUUUUUGGAUAUAUACUCUUCGAAGUGCCAUCAAAUUUGAUAUUAUACAAGGUUCAGCAACGACUUUCGAUCUGGAUUUCUGCGAUAUUGCUUGCUUGUGGAAUAGUAAUGAUACUUAUGAUUUUCGUAAAAAACUUCCUUACGAUAAUGGUAGCUCGUUUUCUCUUAGGUGUUUUUGAGGCAGGAUUAAUUCCUGGAAUGAUAUAUUAUAUUACAAUAUGGUAUAAACGAUCAGAACAAAAUUAUAGGGUGGGCGCAAUUCUCUCGGGUCCUACGUUUGCUGGUGCGUUAAGUGGAUUGUUAUCAUAUGCAAUUAUUAGUUUAUUAGAUAGUAAGGCAGGACUGGGUGGCUGGCAAUGGAUCUUUUUAGCGUGUGGAAUAGUUACAAUUAUAUUUUCUAUUAUUGCGUAUUUUUUAAUUUUUGACUCUGUGGAAAAUGUCAAAUGGCUUGAUAAAGAAGAGCGAAAACGUGUUAGUACUGGAGUUAAACGUGACGAAUUACAGUAUACUGAAGAAAUAAGUAAAGAUCUUAAAGUAUGUGUAUCGAUGUUUAUAUUUUGCGGGAUUUCAGUUGCAACUUAUUCCUUUUCGUUUUUCAUUCCUUCAAUUAUUAAUGGAUUCGGUUUCAACGAAGUCUUAUCUCAAUUAUUAGUAGUACCACCAUUCAUGCUUGGAUGUAUUUCAGAAAUAGGUGUUGCAUUUUUAUCAAAUCGUGUAAACCUACGUGGUCCUUUUGUGAUAUUAUUUGCAACGAUUGGAAUUUUUGGCUAUGCGAUCGUUGGAACAAUACAAAGUAACGCAAUUCGUUAG